AUGGCCGCGAAAUCAACACCGGGCAUUUUGUACCAGAACGAACACGGUCCUAACCGCCUCCGUCUCCCAUUUUGCAACAAUGGCUUCCGCUACCGCGCGACGGACCUCGAAAACAGUGCCGGAACCAAAGACAAGCCAGAAUGGAUGGCCAUCUACGACUUUGACGAACUUGAAUGGCUGACCAGAGAACCGUACAUGAAGCUCCGUAGCGCACCAGUGCAGUCGCAAAGGGAGAGAGAUACCAUGAAGCAGAUAUUUGUCGACAGGAGAUCUUAUGACUUGCUCAAGGAGUGGAAAGGCGGUGAUUUCAAGGACCUGCAAAAGGUAGAGAACGAGGGCGAGAAGAACGUCAUGAUUGCCGUUAGUUUUGCACUACAGGACGGCGCGGAUAAAGAGGAGGAACUGAAGAAGUGGUAUGAGGAGGAGCAUGUGCCACUCCUCCAAAAGGUGCCGGGAUGGAGAAGGACCAGGAGAUUUGUCACCUCGUACCUGGAUCUCGAAAGCGGGCACAAGACGGAGAAGGAAUUCCUUGCGCUACACGAAUACGCACCUCAGAACGGGCUAGGAGGACCAGAGUUUGUCGCUGCGACUACGACAGAGUGGUGCGACAAGAUAUACAAGAAUGUCGUCAAAGAGAGGAAGAGACGAGUAUACGAUUUGUACUACACUUUUGGAGCUGCACAGCGCGACCUGCAGAGCCUUGCCAACAAGGACACGGUACCCGUAGAGUUUUCGGAAGGACUGGUAAAGACAUACCCAGCGCAUACCACACCCGAGCAGCGACCAGUGAUCGAAAGCUUCAUCACAACGAAAGAUGGAAUCCAACUCCCGUACCGUCUUGAGGGCUCAAGUGAUCCUAAUGCGCCGCUAUUGCUUCUUUCAAACAGCAUAUUGGUGGACUAUGGCAUUUGGGAUGAAUUUCUGACACACUUUUUCAAAUUUACAAACAACAAGUACCGCGUCCUACGAUACAGCACCCGCGGACGCAACACUCUUCCAUCAGAGUCUACAUCACCAGUCAACCUCGACGUCCUUACGCAGGAUGUAAUCGCUCUCCUCGAUGCUCUUCGUGUGAAAAAGGCAUCAAUAGUCGGCGUUUCUCUUGGAGGCGCCACAGCACUCAACGCAGGCCUCUCGUAUCCAGACCGCAUCUCCGCAUUCAUCGGCUGCGACACAAAUGCCUUCGCGCCCCCCUCCAACGCCAAUGCUUGGAACGAGCGUGUUCAAAUGGCCGAGAAAGAAGGACUAAAAGCUUCAUCAGGCGAGCCCAUUGUCGGCGAAGACCUUGCCGAAAUCACAGUACGCAGGUGGUUCGUCAAGGAGUCAUACGACAAUGCCGAACUAGCAAAGAAGAUCCAACGUGUCAAAGACAUGGUCAAGACAAACUCUCUAGCUGGCUUCCGUGACUCGGUCAAAGCACUGCAUCAGUACGACAUCCGCGACAAGAUGGCCGGGUACAAGGGCAAAGGCGCGUUCUUAGUUGGCGCCGGCGACGGCGUCCUACCAAAGACUAUGAAGGAAAACAUGGCAGACAAACUAGGUACUGGUGUUGAACUCAAGGUCAUCGACGGCGCGGGACACUUACCCAUGGUGGAGAGGCCCUCGGAGGUCGCACAAUUCGUAGCCCAGUUUCUGGAAAACUAG